UAAAGUCCUAUGGCCGUGGAAAUAAUUCAAAGCGUAGUCAUAAUUUUCAGUUAAGACUUUCCACACUACAACUAAAUACAAUCCACAGAAAUACACGUUUUAAAUCUGUAUAUCGCUCCGCGUCACAUUACUUAAGAUCGACGACAGCAGUUUUGUUAUUAAAACACAUUUUCCCCAAAGAGAAGCAUUUGGAGCCAUCUAUCUGCAGAAGCGCACAGCGGAGGCCAUUUGUUAACGUCGUUGCUAGGAAACGAAACGUGACAACACCGCCGUAAAGCGACGUUAUUGGCAAACGUCUCGUCGUUUGAACUGUAUUUUUCUGACUUUCUCCAUUAAAGUUUCCAAAACAUAAAGAAGAAAUGUCCGACUCUCUGUUAGCUGAAAUUGACUGGGACGAGGGUUUUGCGAUCCCUGUAGCUAAUGCAGAAAACAAGACGCUAGAGGAGGAGGUCAGAAGAAAGCAAAAAGAACACGUCGACCUCGAGAACAAACUAAAUAAACAUAAGGACAUCAUUAAUGCUCUGUCAGAACAUCUCAAAAACCUAAGACAGGAAUUUUCACAAACUCAGGCUCUGUGCAAAGCCAGAGAGAAAGAGACCGAAUCAGAGGAGCAUUUCCGAACGCUGGCAGAGAGGGAGUCGGGUCGAUUGAAGCAGGAGAUCAAGGCGCUCGACAAUGAACUGAAGACACUGAAUGAGAAGAAAAACUCCCAAGAGAACAACAUCUUUAAGGCCACCCAGAACCUUGAUGAAUUAAAAAAUCAACUGAACUGGGAUCAGCAGACUUUGGAUGCCUGGUUGCAGGAAUCAGCACAAAAGGAUGAAGACACCAUGGCAAUCAUUAAGUAUGCCAAACAAGAUGAGAGCAAGAUUCGAGAGCUGACACUAAAGAUUGAGAAACUGACUAUUGAAGUCAACCAGAAGAGAAAGACCUUAGACAGUGAACUCACAGAGAGCAUUAUGGCACAGGUUGCUCUGGACAAGACACUAGAGAGUUUUCGUCAAGCCAACAUUGAAAGACAAGAGAUGCUCAGCCAGCUGGAGAACACAGUUAAACAAAUGAGGAGGAGAGACCAAGAGAUACAGCAGUCAGCAAUGAUGUUGGCAGAGAAAAAGCAAAUGAUAAGGGAGAAGAACGAUCUGAUCAAGGAGAGGAUGGACUUCAUGGAACGUGAGAUAGAAAACAAUAAGGAGCUGGAGAGGAAGAUAGCCACAGCUGAACGGCAGGCAGUUCGACUCAGACAGCAGCUUCAGGAAGAGGAGAGUAACCACAGACGUCUGAAGGAUGAGCUACAAACCCUGAAGGGAAAUUUAGAGAGAACUGCCGGAGAUGUGGAGACCACCAGAUCUGAGUUAACCAGUAUGAAAAAAGAAAUUAAGGACAAGACUGCCAAAGUUGAAGAGGCAAAGCUGCAUAACGCUGCUCUGGAGGAGAAACUUCAACAUGUGACGGAGGCGGCGCUGGACGGGGAGGAGCAAGCGCUACAGAUGGACCAACUGCUUAAAGAUCAGGAGCUCAGAAUCAGGGAAAUUGAUGCUCAGCUGCUCCGUCAGAGAGACGUCAUGUUCAAGGAGAAUCAGAAACUGCAGGAGCUGCGCGAUAAAGAGAAGAGCACCAUAGCUGAGAUCCAUGGCACCCGGGCAGCUCUCUCCAACCAGGACAGCAGACUCCGCAAACUGGACCAGAACUCUCUAAAACAGCAGGGAAUACUUUUUAACCAGGACUUUCAGAUCCAGAUGCUGGAGAGGAAGAUGUCACGUUUGCAGGGACGGGUGAACACUGAUGAGAAGGAGGCUUUGGAGAAGAGGGUCUCGGAUCUAACUGAAGCCCUGGCGGAGAAGAAGAAGACAGCCACCAGCCUCACCAAACAGCUAAAGAAACUUCAGGACGAUAUCCGUUGUGUUAAGAAAGAGACAGAGAAAACCGAAAAUGAAAAGAGAGAUCUGACUUCCAAGAUCCAGGAACUGCAGCUCUUCAUUGACACAUCAGAGAAAGAGCAGAAGAAGCUGAGGCUAAAAAAACAGGACACCAUGGUGGAGAAAGACCUGCUAAAGAUGGAUGUACAACGUCGGAGAGGUUUGCUGUAUGACCGAGCAGAUGGAGUGUUGAGUCUGGAGAAGAGACGACUGCAGCUCCAGACAGCCAUGAAGGAGAGAGAAGAGGAGAUCCAUGUGCAUAGAGAGAUGCUCUAUAAACAGAUCAAAUUCACGGAGCAGGAGAGACAAAAGCUCAGUGCCGAACUCAGCGAGAGACUGUCCAAAAUCGACAAGAUGAAGAAGAGGUACGAGAUUCUCACUGUUUCCAUGGCAGCCCCUGAAGGCGAAGAAGAGAAAUCACAGGCGUACUUCAUAAUAAAAGCAGCUCAGGAGAAAGAGGAACUCCAGCAUCAGGGGGAUGAACUGGAUGCUAAAAUCCGCAAGAAGGAGAAGGAGAUUAAAGCUUUGGAGAACACCCUAAAAGUUGUCAAUGAUCGCAAUUCAACUUAUCGCAAAGCCCUGGGCAAAGUGUCAGAGUCUAGUCCAGAGCAUCAGGAAAAACUAAAGUUGGAGGAAGAGAGACGAGCUGCUGAGGAGAAAUACAAGUACAAGAGACGACAAAUCAGAGAACUAGACGAAGACAUUGAAGGAAUGUCCAGCACACUCGAAGCUCUCCUUGAGGAGGAAAAAGUCCAGAAUGAGACAAAUGAGAAAAUCCAAGAACAAAUCUCCUGUCUCAGAAAAGAUCUUGUCUCUCAGGAGGAGAAAUUAAAUAGAGCUGUUAAACAGCGUGUCAGAUACACCAAAGAAAUUCGUUCAGCUAAAAAGACCAAGGAGAAAACCUUUGAGGAGCGUGACAUAGAGCUACGUCAACUCAAAGAACUAAACAAAACCAUAAACAAGAUGCUCCUAGAAGCCAUGGAAGAAAAUCCUGAGCUGUCAUCUCUAUUACAGAUGCAUUUCGAGAAGGCUGGUCUGUCGCUGCCCUCUCCUGCGUCCACCCCAUCCAGUCGCAUGAGCUCAAAGAUCAGCUCAGCACGGAGUUCUGCUUCACUUCGCUCCUCAGUUAACAGCAGCCCCAGAAGUCAAUCUGCCACAUCUGCUCCAGUGAAGAUAGUGGAUCUGAGCCUGGGCCUCUCCGUCACAUCUGCUCAAGGGUCUCGCCCAUCCAGCAGUGGCAGCAGCAGAAGCAACAAGUGCAAGAGCCCUAAGACAGAUUCAUAACUCGGACCCUCAUAAAGAACAGGCUGUCAAUGAGGGCUGUUAACACUGUAAACGACUCUCAAUUAUUUUGAUUUAUUCGUCUUAUAUUUUUUCAAGGUUCACUUGUAGUUCCUGACAAAGUUGAAGACAGAAACAAUCUAUGAUUUAUUAUGUUUAACUUCCUAGAAGUUUCAAGGAGUUUUACUUUAGACAUUUAAUGUAAACAAAAGAAUUUGUUGAUGGGUCACACUGAACCUCUUCCAAGAAUACAUGAAACGAAACCUGACUAAAGUCACUUUGUGCGUUGGAAUUACUGACCAUUUAUUAUGUGUAACUUUCAUUGCUUUAUUUCUUUUUUCCUUCAUUUCUACUAAGAGUCUAUUGGGGACUGUGUUCAUUUGUAUCAUUUGAACAAAGAUGCAAUAAACAAUACUUGCACGAAAUGCUUCAACCCCAGGAGAAUCUGUUUAAAGAAACUAGAGAAAUGCUAUUAUCUAAGGCAUAUUGUAUUUGGACUGGCAGUGUUGGGGUGUGUCCAGUCUCGCUAUUCAUGGAAACCCAUGAGUCUGUAACGCCCCCGUACAGCAUAUAAACCUGCUGCGUCACAGAUUGUUUCUACAGGAACAUACUCCUUCUUAACGGAUUGUUUGCAGGUCAUCUGCGAAAAUGUUUCACUUUAUCUUGCUUGUUGGAUUUCUCUUUUUAUCUAUGGGGCUGUCAGUGGCUGCAAACAAUAUCACUGAGGCGAAUACAACAGUUGAGACGACAACAUAUGAACCAUUAACAACAAACUUGUCAACUUUAGCCAACACUCCCAGCAAAGUGAAUACAACAUCUGAAGCGACAACAUCUGAACCAUUAACAGAUGGGUGGUCAACUCCACCAACACAACCUGGAAAUACUGCAUUCGAAGUGAAUACAACAGUUGGACUGACAACAUCCAAACCAUUUGUGACUUGGCCAAUUCCACCAACUCCACCAACACUAUCACCAACACCCAACUCUGGCCCUGGAGUACUUGCUAUGUUAAGAAUAGCGGUCAGAUCUACACUUGAUCUGUCCAGAGAUUCACCUGAACUUCAGUUCCUUUUGCAGACGAUUAAGGAUCUAAUUUCUCCUGCAGAAACUAACAUCACCGUGAAAAGCAUCCAAAAAGUGCCUAUUUUGUAAUGUUCAUAUUAGUUGGUAAGCUAUUUUGACUGUGGUAUUUUUCCAAUGAGUAGAAAACUUAGUUUUACAAGUUGAUCUUAGCACUUUACUUAUGGUUGACUUUUGCAUAAGAGGAAUUUGUCAGUAUAAGAUGCUAAAAAUUAUUGUAGUUUUAUCAUUCUAAUUUCUGUCUUUCUUGUUUUGAUUGUGCACUUGUUCACCACCCAUGUUUUGAGUUCCCCUCCAUAAUAAAUAUAUUAGCCUGCUAUAACCAAACCAGUCAUUAUUUGGUUAUUAUAAUUAUAGAACAAUAGAAAUGUCACACAAUUCUGCUGUUGUGCUGCACACACUGUUAAAAAAUGAUUUAGAAACUUUGAGAUGUUGAGGAAAGUGGUUCUCAAACUGGGGGCCCCUAGAUGGAUCCAGGGGGUCCACAAAUUGUGUGUCAUUUUACUUAAUAUUGAAAUUGAAAAAGCAAAGCAAUUUAUCUACACAAAGGGGACCUUACAACAAAAAAGUUGGAGAACCACUGUAUUGAGAAGAUGUCCUCAAAAUGUCAUACACUCAAAAUCCAGUCAUGCAAAACA